CCGCCAGAUUGACAGUUAACUCCAGGCGGACGACUCCUCGUCUAACUUUAUCAAAUCCUGCACGCUGGAUUUAACACUGAUUCCGGAUUACACCCGUCUUCCUCAUGACUGCCCAUCGCUGCUGAAGUAACGCAAGAGGAAAUUAAAGUUUAGGAGCGCCCUUUAGCUGUGAAUAAAGAGAGGAAAGUAAAAUCGGGGGAUUAUUUGUGUUUCAUGGCUGCUGGGGAUGGGUCCCAGCUGCCGGCGACAAUAGCGGCCAGCAGGAGCGUGGAGAAAUCCCUGGAGGAGGCAGCGGCGAGCGGAGCCUUAGUCUUAUCCAACCGAAAACUGAAGGAGUUUCCCCGGACAGCGAAGAACUAUGACUUAUCCGACAUUACACAUGCAGACCUGUCGAAGAACCGGCUGUGUGAGCUGCCAGAGGAGCUGUGCCAGUUCAUCUCUCUGGAGACGCUCAGCAUCUACCACAACUGUGUGCGCUCUCUGCCCACGUCGCUCUGUCAGUUACAGGCCCUCACCUACCUCAACCUCAGUCGUAAUCAGCUGUCCAGUUUGCCCCCAUCUGUAUGUCAGCUCCCUCUGCUGCGAGUCCUUAUUAUCAGCAACAACAAAUUAUCAGUCCUCCCAGCUUCCAUACAUACUCUGACACACAUCCGACAACUGGAUGUGAGCUGUAAUGAGCUGCAGAGUUUGCCAGUGGAGCUGGGUCAGCUGGAGUGUUUACGGGAUUUGAACUUGAGAAGAAACCAACUAACCACACUGCCAGAGGAAUUGUCUGAGUUGCCACUUGUACGCCUGGACGUUUCAUGCAACCGCAUUUCCCACGUUCCAGUAUGCUAUCGGCAUCUUCAGCAUCUGCAGACCAUCUCUCUGGACAACAACCCUCUGCAGAUGCCCCCGGCCCAGAUCUGCUCCAAAGGGAAGGUCCACAUCUUCAAAUACCUGAACAUGGAGGCGUGCAAGAGGAGUCAGGACCAGCUGGAGAGAGCUUUACGGCCCAGCGGCUUCAACAGCUGUCUUUCAGAUCAGGAGCUGUUUCUUGGUCAGUAUGGUGGGCUGGACUCUGGCUUCAACAGUGUGGACAGUGGCAGCAAGAGAUGGUCAGGAAAUGAGUCUGCUGAUGAUUUCUCAGAGCGAUCUCUGCGAAUGCCUGAAAUUUCCCGCGAGCACACAAAUCUACAGGAAGAAGAGGAGAAAGAUAGGCUGUUGAAAACACCCAAAGUGGUGAAUGGAGAUAUAGAGCAGGUGGAUUUUAUUGACAGCAGUGUAACAGAAGAAGAAGAUGAGAGUUGUAAGCCAGAGCCUCCUAGUCCUCCACAAACAUCACCCCCACAGGAGAAGACUGAAAGCAGCAGGACCACACCCUCCCAGAGCCCAGACUCUGUAGGCAGCAGGAGAAGUGUGGGCAGUGACUCAGCAGAAGGCUCUCCAUCCAGUCCUACACUGGAGGAGAAGAAAAGGCCUGGAACGCUGCAGCUGUGGCAGGAGAGAGAGCGAGCGCAGCAGCAGCGAGAGAGGGCCCGGGACAGCGCUGUGUCACUUUGUUCCAGUUUGCAGAAGACGGCAGUGAAAACAGGAAGUCAGUCGGUGGCGACAGCCAAACAGACAGGAACAGGAAGUGUCUCAGGUGGUGAGUCUACAGAAAGCAGUGCCUCUGUUAAUGGGCUCCGACAGAGAUGUGCGAGUGCAGAUCAGAUGAGCUCCACCUUUCAGCCUGUAUCCCUGCAGCGCUCAGCAAGCCGCACAGACGUUCCUUCCACUAAGCCCUGCUCUCCCACUGGCUCUGCUCCCAAACCCAACAGCUUCCUCUUCCGUACUUCUUCGCGCUGCAACGUCAAGCCUUCAGGUUCGGUGCAGUGUUUGGCUGAGUCUGGUCGCAGUGAAUCUCGUUCUACGCUCAAAUCCCCACGAGAAGAGAGAGUAGACAUUUCCCAGUUACGCAAGUCUCUGGAGUCUCGUCUGAAGAUCACUCUCCCUGAAGACUUGGGGGAAGCGUUGUCUAAUGGCACAGUUCUCUGCCAGCUAGCCAAUCAUGUACGCCCUCGAUCUGUGUCAAUCAUCCACAUUCCCUCCCCUGCAGUGCCAAAACUGAGCACUGCCAAAUGUCGCCUCAAUGUUGAAAACUUCAUCGCUGCCUGCCGCAAGUUGGGUGUUCCUGAGAUGGAGGUUUGUUUAGCGUCUGAUAUCCUGUGCAGCAAGCUGCGUGCAGUACAGCGCUGUGUGGAGGCUCUGUUGGCGAUAGGAGGAGGAGAGGAGGAGCUGAAGGAGGAGGAGAAAGCUUUAUCUCCCUCACCCUCUCCCUUCUCCAUCGUUCCCACUGGCUUCCUGCUCUUCUACUGCCUCGCCAUGGCCCUGCUCUACCUGCUCUACCACCACCUAACUGCAUAGACUGUGUGGGCGUGCGUGUGUGUAUGCAAGAGUGUGUGACUGUGUCCUAAUCAGUGUCGCUUUCACACAUUAACAAAGCUUCCCAGCAGUGCACUUCCACAGAGCUGGCACGAGCUGUGACCUAUGAGGCAUAUUCUGCUCACCACAGGACGGAGCAGGAUGGAAAUGCAGAAUGAGCAUAUGUAAGGGCACUGCCAUCUACAUAGCCUGGCACUGGUGCAGUGUGCACACUGAAACUCAGUACUGCACUGUUACACUGCAGUGAAUAGGCACAGAAUGAACACAGUGACUGUUUUACACUGUAGAUUAUUUCUCUUACCAGAGUUGUAUAUAAAAUGUAGAAUACUGUUACAGAAAUGGCUGCAAAAUCAAUCUUCAUGAAAUGCUCUUAAAAAUAAAGGUGCCAAAAAGGUUUCUUUUGGAGCAGUGCCAUAGAAGUGCCACUUUAGGUCCCCCUACAGAACCUUUCAAUGGAUGUUCUUUAAAGAACUAGUUUCUAGUGUUUGCAUAAAGUCUGCUUAAUUCAGCCAAUACAUUGUCAUAUAAGUAAUUCAAAGUGAUUUCAUGUGAAAUGUUUCAUUAAAGAGGCUUACCAGCAUGUCUUUGUAGUGAUGUUGAUAGGAACCAGGGUUCACAAUAUCUGCAACACAAAAAUAUACAUUGUAUUUACAAUCCAAAAUGACUCGUGCACCUUCAUAUGUAUUUUACAUUUUUAUGUCAUAGUGUCUAGUGUAUGUAUAGUGAUAAAUCUGGAAAAAAGUUUUCUUUGGGUACUAUUGUACCUUACAGCACACACAAGUCUCAUUUAAUAGUCACAUUUAAUAUAUUUUAAAAACAUGUUUUAGGCCAAAACAUUCUCAAGAGUAUCAUACAACAGUGUCUCAGACAUCAGGCAGUUAUUCAUACCCAUUUCGUGUAAUAACAUUCUCUGAGGGAGCUUUGAGAGGCAUUAAACUCUUUAGAUGUCUGGUUCCUAUCACCACUACUGCUCCUAUCCCAUGUUUACUUAGAAGAUUUCUCAAAAACAGAGCAUUUCACAUCAAAAAACACUUUGUUUACAUCUUUAAUAUAUUUAAUUAUGGAGAAAUUUUUAAAAAAUUGAUGGAAUUGCCUUUCACAUAAUUUAAAUGUUUAGUGCACUCUUGAAAAUAUAGGUUCCUAAAUGGUUACUCACUUAGGUGUAGGGUUCUAGGAAAAACUUAGAGUAGGUAUAGAAUGUUAUUUAAAUUUGAACCUUCACAUAAUGUACAUUUUCAAAAAAUAAAAGAAAGAAAAAGCAUCCUCAGUUGUUCUCAGCUUGGUUGUAUGGUUCUAGGAAAAGCCCUUUAAGUGGUAUAGAACCUUUACAUUAUGUUUUUUUUUUUUUAAAGACUAUUGGAUGAUUCUAUAAAGACUUAAAUGUGUUUCAUCACUCCAUGAAACCUUUUUAGCACCUUUAGGUUUAAGAAUUCACUGUUGUCUGUUAACAGAGACUUUUGUUGAAUCUAUUCGCGUGAUUUUAAACUCACAAAUUAACAACACUAAAUGCACCAGUGUAACCCCUGAAAGCUAUGAGGUCCAUCAGGACUGGAUGAACUUGAGCUGAAAACGAGUGCUUGCUUUUUAAAAUUGUAGUGUCCACUUUCCAAAGGGCUUCUCCACCGCUUUGCCUUAGCAUACGUGCAGUCAGUCUUUCAGGAAGCUGUAGUAUUUUGUAUGUGUUCCUUGAGGAAGAGUGUCUUUUAUAAAGGCUGCUUUUGUCCUGUAAUAUACUGGCUUCUCACACCUGUUUAAAGGGCUUCAAGUGCUUGCAAAUGUAAGUGCCUCCAGUGUCUGACUAAAGCUACCUUAGUGUCUGUUCCAGUCUCCCCAAGGCCCAUUCACUACUAUUACAUAUUCAUAUUGGCACAAUGUGUACAUAGUUCUCAUAAAGCUCAUAUUGAUAAUCAGUUAUAAAAUUUUAAUAGUAACACUUCUUUCAAAUGUUCCGGGGUUGAGGGGCUGAAAUGUUUGCGGUUCUUCAUUGUCCUUUUGACUGUGACCUCCAGGGGGCAGUGGUGUUGUAUAACUGCACUCAAAGCUAAUCUCUAUGUCUUAUGGUACAGAAUACAGUAAUGUUUGAAAGCUGUGUUUUUUUUUCUUGUUUUUAUGUUUGUUCCUGACAGCUUACUGUGUUACAUGUAACUGAUUAAGUUAUUGUUUAUUUAUUCAUGCAUCCCUGUGUUGAGCAGCAGUAUUGGGUGAAGCAGUGGCUCAUAACAUGAAUGCAUACUGAUAGACUAAUCACAUCUUUACCUUUGAACUCUUUUCAGAUUUUCUGGGGCCGUUAACACUUAAGUAAAUAUGUCUGAGUUUGGAAUAGUUGCCUAUGGUGCUCAGGAAAAGACUGAUAUAUAGUUGUAUGCAAAGGUUUAGGCACCCCUAAUCAAACUACACGACUGCACAUUUUAAUACACAAUUACUGUUUAUUUGCUAAAAUUGCAGUAUUAUGUUAAACUCAAGCAAAUUGUGCUUUACAUUUCACAGGAAAAUGGCACAUAUAAGUUUGUUCCCUGUAGAGGAUGUGGAGAUAUUUUCACAUAGAAAAACACAUCAUUGGGCUAGAGGUGUUCAAACUUCUGAAUAUAACUAUGUAAAAGCAUCUCAGAGUACAUUAAAGGUAGAAACCCUUUCUAGAUCAGUAAAUAUGGGCUUGUAUCUUCUUUAAUUUUUCUGCAUUUCUGCAUACAUAUGAGCAAGGUGUAAAAAUGCUUCAGAUUAUGAUCUCCAUUGAAUUACACUACGCUAAAACCUUCCUAAGCCUCUGUUGCCCGAUUCUAAAUGUGUCAGUAGUGUUGUUUUUAGGCCUGUAAUGUGUUGUGAGUAUCCAUGUUCCCCCAGUACUGUAUGCUGCUGUUGCUUUUGUGUUCCCUGCAUACUUAAUGUGAUUUAGAAGCUUUGCAGACAGUUGACUAACGAGCAGACGCUCAUCUGGAGAGAGUGAUAAGGGCACAUAGGAGAGAAGAGAGAGGGAGAGAAAGGCAAGGACAAACAGAAGAGGGAGGUUGAAAGAAUGAGAAUGUGAGGGAAAAGAACGGAAUGUGCAGAAAUGGGUUAAUGUUCAUUUAUCCUAAUUAUCACAGAGCCCCUCGCACUAAAGUUUAAAGUUUUAAGCGCAUUUUAAAGGAGCUUAAACAUGUAAUAUGUGUGGAUGCAAAAUAUGUAUAGAGCAUUCGACAGAUUACAAUGUAAAGUCACAGCUGAAAUAGCAGAUUUUUAAUCACAUGUCAAAUGUACAGAAAUGAAGUUACUAGAAGGGCUCAUCUCAACAGUAAAUUAGCUGCUAUAGGUGAGCCAUGCUAGCCGGACAGAAUAGGGAUGUUGCAUUAGUACAGAACAUUAUUCUCUUGGAAAUUAUGCUGGCUUGCUCAUCUUCUUUAGAUGCACAUGGUCAGUGUCUGUUGGAAUAAGAUUUGCAAUAACGUUUCAACCAAAAUAUCUAGUGAAGCAAGUUGUGAAAGUACCAAACUUACUGGUUUAGAGUUGAAAUUUCGAUCUUAAGAGAAAUUGUUUAAGAAAAAAUGUUGUAUUUUGUAAUAUUUAUAUCCUGCUUAUGUAUUUAAGGAAGUCAAUUCUAAGUUUAUAUAGAUUGUUUCUUUUUUGUUGUAAAGAAAUUAUUAAAAGAAAAAGGAUUGUACUUGUUGUGCUGCUUUGAGUGUGCAUUUAUGUGAUGAUUCUUCUAUUGUGUUACGCCUGCAAUGGUGUUUGUUUCAGUCUUUCUCUGCUCAUCUUUCUCUCCGUCAGUAAUCUUCCCUCAGGUUUUUGUCAAUAGCUUUUACGUCUGUAGCCACUGUUUCCUUACAGUGAAGGUAAGUGUUUAAUUCAUUCUUGCUAUAAGAAUGGACUGAAUUACAGAAACAGGGUGCAUGCAUUUGAGUCUUGUUGUGACAUGUUCUAAUAUCUUGCGCUUCUGAGUGAUGCCGAGUGCCCUCCUCCAGCUUCGCAGUGUGGAGAGAAGCCACAGUUUUCCUUUCUUGCUGUACAGAUGCACAAGUAGCUGAAUUUCCAUGUAGACUUCACCACUGGAUAUGAACUGGGAUUCGGUGCAUGCUUAGUGUUCCUUUGUUCAUCUUUUCUUAACUAAUCCUGUGUUUAAGGGUGUUUCAGUACUAGUUGUGGGGGCCUCUGCACUUAAGCUGUGUUCAUAUGGUAUAUAAGAGCUACGUCUCUCGUACUGCAUAGCACCAUCAUAAGACAAGAUACUUUAUCAUUGCAAUGAGUACAAAUGAAACUGGGCAGCAAUCUUAACCGUGCAUUAACAAAAAACAUUAAACUAGGAAUAAAAGAAAAAUAUAAGCUAAAGAUUAAUAUCAUAAAGGAAAAGUAUAUUAAUAUUAAAAUGACAUUUUAAAUUGAAAAAGUAAACUAAAGCGUGAAUAUAGCAGUUGUGAUAUUGCCCACGAGGAUGUUGCACAUUAUGGAUGAUAGUGAUUCUGUUUACAAAUAGUGCCGUUAAAUAACUAAAUAGAAUUACUAUCAUCCAUUAAUGUGCAAGGCCCUCAUUUGCAAUAUCAUAACAUUCAAAUAGUGCAGCACCUUUACUAGCACAUUCAUUAGUACAGUACAUACAGUAUAAUGUGGUCACUGUAAUGUAUGUGGAUUUGGACACGGCGACGUUUUUCAAAUCCAAGCUGUAGGAUUGUUGGACUGCACUGUUAUUUGAAAGCGAUCAAGUUGAAUCCGUGGGUUUCAGGCACUUUUAUUCAUUUUCCACUUCAGCUAUCUGGGUAAACUGAUGUAAACAUAAACAUGCUGCUGCAUUUAUUUCUGUGGCUGCUUGUGGCAUCAUAAUGUGAAAAGGCGUCCUGAACCUUGCCAUCCUCCUCCUACUACUUUGGCCACUUCAACAACAUGUAGACAUCCAGUUCUGUGCAAAAUCAGAGAUCACUCUUAAUUUAUUUAAGGCCAUCAAAGCAGCCAUUAAGUAAGUUAUUCAUUUUUCAGCAUCAGGUGAAAAAAGCAGAAAACGCUCAACAGAAAAUGGCACAGAGGAUUCUAUUUCUUUUUCUGAGUAAGGGCUUCUUGACAGCCACACAUCCUUUCAGAAUCUUAGUGUUGAGUUGUCUUCUCACAGUUUUGUCAGAGAUAAACCAACAGUGGGGUUUGAUUUUCUUUAAAAUGAAAGCAGAUGAUGGUGACAGUUUUGGUGGUCUAGCAGGUUUUGCAUGUUUGAGUCCAGUGUUCUCAACAUCAUUUUUUGAACUCUUUGAAUUUAUUUUCCUUUGACUUUUCCCUUCCUCAUGUAAGUGGAGUGUCUUGUAUUUAAUGUCCUCAGAAAUAUCUCCUGGAAAAGGGAAUAACCUGAACUUAAUGACUGUUUUGACUGGAAUUUAAGUACAUAAAGGGUGGUCUCUGACCUUUGCACCAUACUCUAUAGUGCAAGAGAGCUUAAGGGGGGGUCAGGAUUAAAAGGGUACGUUUGGGACAGAUUGAUGCAAAAUACUGACCAAGUUGUUAGCCGUUGUAUUUUUUAAAAAAGCUAAUUUUGUUGUCUACAGUGGCUUAAUACAAAUUACAUUAAAUAAAACUAAUAAACAAAUGCAUUUUAACUCACACAUGGAUAUCUUCUUCACCAUGUUGGUCAGUUAAAAAAAAAACUCCACUCCUUGCCUGUAUCUCAAGGAAUUUCGAGUACGAGACCACUGCUGUGUUAACAUUGAUUUAGUCC